AUGAUAAAAUUAGCCAUCUCAUCACCUGACUACGACUCGCCCAAGCCCGAAGGUCGUGUAGCUACUAACGCUCUACUGGAUUCUGGUGCUGAACAACCGCUAUGUGCCGAAGAUGAGUAUAAUCGAUGGUGUGAUGCUGGUCUCGUCCUCCCACUAGUCCCUGAUCCACGGACCAUCAUCUUCGGUAACCCCUCACACCAAUCAUCGACUCUCGGUAGAGCUAGUGUGAUCCUACAUCUCGACGACCGAACUUCUAUCGUGGCCGAUAUACUAGUGGUCAGGUCGCUCAACUACCCCUUCAUCGUGCCAACUAGUCUAUUACGACGUACAGGUGGUGCGGUAUGGAUGAUCUACCCUAAUGCUGCUCAACAAGAUAGAAUCAUAGUUGGUCAGGAAUGUCAACAGCUACUGGCUACUCCUCUUGACCCCAGGUCCGAUAUGGAGGCAACUGCCCCUUCUCCUUAUGUGAAAUGCCAUCAAGUGACUGCGAAGAACAUCAACGAUAUGAGCCUCAACGAUGUGUCUAUCAACCACCAACGAGUGAAGAACAGCCCCAAGGCCGUGGACCUCCCUGUCACUCUGGUUGACGACCGUGAUGCCCCCGAUGGAAGAUGUUGUAUCAAGAUCCCUUGGAAAGAUCCUAUUGCGAGACCACCUCCUAACUUCAAGGCCGCCUAUGCCAAAGAUUGUGCGAUCACCAGGAGGCUCUCCCCAGAGCAAAGGCGCCUGUAUGCUGACGCUAUCGAUGCCUUGGUGAAAGAUGACAUCGUAGAAGAGCUCUCUGAGCCUACUUGCAUUCACUAUGUGACUGCUCUACCGGUCUUCAGAGCCGACAAACCUACUCAUCCAUGCAGGGUCUGUCUCGACGCUAGACAAUUCAACACGUACGUUGACGUGACUGCGGUCUGCGGUAACGGUGAAGGGUCACUAUGGUUCUUCCUGCUGGCUUGGCGUACGGCACCAUUCUACGAGUGUGCCGAUCUGAAGCAAGCCUUCCUCAAGGUUUCCUUAGACCACCCAUCUGAUACUAAGUACACUGGAGCAGUCGCCCUCGGGCGUAUUCUCCGCUUCCGAAGGAUGCCUUUCGGUUUCGGCCAUAGCCCACAUGGCCUCCGCUCUUCUCUGAAUUGGCAUCGCCGUCAGUGGGAGUUGGAAGUGCGCCUGAGACCUGGUCAGCAAGCAGCACCAUAUGACCCAGGGAUUGUCGACUACGGUGACUGUUCGGUCGGUACAGUGCUAGGCCUGGAUGCACCGCUUGACGCUAACUGUGACAUCACUUGGGACUACCCCCACUCGCCUGAGGACACCCAUUUGCUCCAAGGAGAGAUUGAAGUGGUGACUAAUGGUCUCGACCCUCACGACAAGAAUUCUCUAGACUAUUUCUCUCAAGGUGAUCAGUGGGAUACUGAGCAGAUCAACCCACUACACGAAGGUUGCCCUCGAGAUGAUCGGCCGAUAGUUCCCUCAUCGAUCGACUUGGUUAUAUAUGUGGAUGAUAUCUGCCAUCGAGGAGAGCAGCCGGCAGCGAUCGUUCAGCAAGGUGCGUACGUGAAAUGGAAACUCCGUCGUCAUGGCUCUGACAUCUCUGACCCCAAGGUCUUCAACAACUUCUCGCCGUGUCCGGCAGCGACUUAUCGAUCAGUACUUGGGUAUAAGGUCGACAUAGGGUCCGAUACUAUUUCUUUUCAAUAUGGUACUACCGAUGAAUGCACAUCGAUCCCUACUCUCAUCUCUAAGCGUGAUGCUAUCGGUUUCAUCAACCGCUAUUACGACCCUUUAGGACUCUUCUUUGAAGGUCUGGUAUUCGCUCGCUUUUUGGCUCGUGAGAUUGGCAACAAUGACGUAGCCUGGGACUCCCUCUGUUCGGAAGACUUCCGGAACUCCUUGGCCAACUGGAUCUGUACACUCUCCCUACAACAACCUAUUCUUCGUUAUGUGGAUACGUCUACGAGUAUCUUCGUGUUCUGUGAUGCCAGUGGUGGAGCCUACUGCGUGGACGUACGAGAUGGAACCCCGACCCAUACUCGGUUGUUUGGUCGUUUCUCGCUCUUCCCGGUGGAUCAAGCAGCUCGACAGACCAUUGUCCAGAAGGAGCUCAUCGCGCUCACAAAUGCCGUCCAGCUUACUGAGAAGAUUGAUCAGGUACUACGACUCAAUCCUCCAAGACCAUCACGGUAUAUGAUCCUCACGGACAGCGCCAUCAAUCUUCAUCGUCUUCGCAAGAACGAGUCGGCCAAGGCUAAGCUUGGACGCUUCGAACAACGCCGUCUCAAGAUCGUCGAAGAUAUUGUCAACGACCUGACCAACAAGGGUUUACAAAUAUCAAUCCGUCAUGUUCGUGGAGAAUGCAAUCCAGCCGACC